CCAAUAUUGUUAGCUUUGCUGGCAGAGAGGAGUGUGAGAGUGUUUGAGAGGUUUAAGAAUUGAAGCGGACCUAACCCUAACCUAAACCCUCGAACGACGCCGUCUUCCGCCGCAAAACCAAUGGGUAGUGGCAGUAAGAAGAAGAGUUUCGUGGCCGAGGAACAAACCCUCGCCACCGAAGAUUCUCCCAAACCGCUCAACAAAAAAUUCAAGAACACUGCCGCCUCCGGUGAUGGCCAGCAAGAACCUUCAGUCAAGCCAAUGGAGAGGAAGAAGAAGCGCAAAGCCUUGGACAAAAAGCGGCACCGUACGUCAUCACAACCGCAACCCGAGCCUGUAGCUUCUGAAUCCAAACCAGUACCUAGUACCGCCGGCGGCGCUCUCCCGGAGUUUCACAUUGGUGUAUUCAAGGACCUUGCGGCGGCGUCCGAGGCGGCGAGGGAAGCCGCCGCAAAACAAAUGGUGACGGAGUUGAAGGCGGUUCAGAGCGCCUAUGAUACGCGUGAGGAGAAGGAGAAUGACGAGGGUGGAUUCAAGUUGGAAGCAGAGAAAGACGAUGGAUUGGAUAACUGUGCUCCGUCUGUGAGAUACGCUGUUCGUAGGCUCAUUCGCGGUGUUUCUUCGUCCAGAGAGUGUGCGCGACAAGGCUUUGCAUUAGGUUUAACUGUUUUAACUGGCACUGUUCAUAACAUUAAGGUUGAAUCCUUCCUUAAACUUGUAGUCAAUUUGCUGGAAGUAACUUCAUCAAUGAAGGGUCAGGAAGCAAAAGAUUGUCUAUUAGGGCGCUUAUUUGCCUAUGGAGCUCUGGCAAGAUCAGGAAGACUUAUAAUGGAGUGGAAUAUAGAUAAAAACACUCCUUACAUAAGAGAAUUUAUUACGGUUCUUAUUUCUCUUGCCAAUAAAAAGCGAUACUUGCAAGAGCCUGUUGUUCUAAUAAUAUUAGAUAUGGUUGAAAAGUUGCCCGUUGAAGCCUUGGUGAAUCAUGUUCUUGAAGCUCCAGGGCUGCAUGAGUGGUUUGAAGCUGCUAUAGAAGUAGGAAACCCUGAUGCUCUGUUCCUGGCUUUAAAACUUAGAGAGAAGAGCGGUAUGGACAGCUCCUUGUUUGGCAAAUUACUACCAAAUCCAUUCAGCUCUAGCCAGCUUUUCUCUGCCGAUCACCUGUCCUCUUUAAGUAAUUGCUUGAAGGAAUCAACAUUUUGUCAACCUCGGCUUCAUAGUGUCUGGCCAGUUUUGAUAAAUAUUCUUUUACCUAAUACUAUUGUGCAAAUUGAAGAUGCAGCAUCCGCUUCAAAUUCAUUAAAGAAACACAAAAAAAGCCGAAAAUCUAGCUCUUCUGAUGAAGAAAUUGCGGGGAAUCUUCAGUCUUUUUGUGAAAUAAUUAUUGAAGAAUCCCUUCUCAUGUCAUCUCAUGACCGGAAACACUUAGCUUUUGAUGUUCUCUUUCUUCUACUCCAAAAGCUGCCUGCGUCAUUACUUCCCGUUGUUUUGUCAUAUAAAGUUGUUCAGUGCAUGGUUGACGUACUAUCCGCAAAGAACACAUGGCUGUAUAAAGUAGCUCAGCAUUUUCUUAAACAGUUGUCAGAUUGGGUGGGGGAUGACGAUGUCAGAAGAGUUGCUGUUAUAGUGGCUAUUCAGAAGCACAGCAGUGGAAAAUUUGAUCGUGUAACACGAACAAAACAUGUUAAAGAUUUUAUGUCACAGUUCAAAACUGAACCUGGUUGCAUGCUCUUUGUUCAGAACUUAAUUAACCUGUUUGUGGAUGAAGGUAACGCUGUGGAGGAACCUUCAGACCAGAGUCAAACCACAGAUGAAAAUUCUGAAAUAGGAUCUAUUGAGGAUAAGGAUUCUCCCAGGUCCAAUGGGAAUUCUGACUUUUUGAAGAGUUGGGUUAUAGAAUCCCUUCCCAGUAUUUUAAAAUUCUUGAAGCUAGAUGAUGAUGAGAAGUUCCGAGUACAGAAAGAAAUCAUGAAGUUUCUGGCUGUUCAGGGUCUAUUCACUGCCUCUCUUGGCUCUGAGGUAACGUCAUUUGAGUUAGUGGAGAAAUUCAGAUGGCCAAAAUCCCCCACAUCAAAUUCUCUCUGCAAGAUGUGUAUAAACCAGCUGCAAUUAUUAUUGGCAAAUGCUCAGAAAGGGGAGGGCUCUCGUCCUUUGGCUAAUAGUUCUGAGCCAAAUGAUCUUGGUUCAUACUUCAUGAAAUUCUUUGGCACCUUUUGCAACAUUCCUUCUGUUUCCCUCUUCCGGUCUUUAGAUGAUGUAGAUCAAAAGGCAGUAAAAAGUUUGCAGGCAGUGGAAACAAGAUUAUCCAGAGAGGAACGGAGCCAUGAUUGUAACACUGAUGCUAAUAAAUUGUUUGCAUUGAGAUACCUGCUCAUCCAACUGCUUCUGCAAGUACUUCUUUGUCCAGGGGAGUACGCCGAAGCUGCAUCUGAACUCAUUAUUUGUUGUAAAAAGACAUUUUGUGGUUCUGAUCUUCCUGAGUCCUCUGGAGAAGAUGUGGAGGCUGAUGAUGCUCCCAAACUGAUGGACGUUCUUGUGGAUACAUUACUCUCUCUGCUACCACAAUCAUCAGCUCCUAUGCGAUCUUCCAUAGAACAGGUAUUUAAAUAUUUUUGUGGUGAUAUCACUGAUGAUGGAUUGAUCCGAAUGUUGCGGAUCAUCAAGAAAGAAAUAAAGCCUGCAAGACAUCCAGAUACAGCGAGUGCAGAUGAUGAUGAGGAGGAGGAGGAAGAUGAUGACUUUAUUAAUAUUGAAGAUGAAAUUGAUCAAGCUGAAACAGGUGAGAGUGACGUCCAGACAGAUGACUCUGAGUUAGUCGUUGAGGUGGAGGAGGCUGAUCAUGGCCACUCUGAAGCUUCUGAUGAUUCUGAUAGUGGGAUGGAUGAUGAUGCUAUGUUCAGGAUUGAUACAUAUCUUGCCCAGAUAUUCAAAGAAAAGAAAAAUCAUGCUGGAGGUGAAACUGCACAUUCCCAGCUUGUAUUGUUCAAACUUCGAAUCCUUUCAUUGUUGGAAAUUUUCCUUCAUGAAAAUCCAGGUAAGCCUCAGGUUCUUAUGGUCUACUCAAAUUUGGCUCAGGCUUUUGUUAACCCUCACACAGCAGAAGUUAGUGAGCAGCUUGCACAGCGGAUAUGGGGAAUAUUACAAAAGCAAAUAUUUAAAGCAAAGGAUUAUCCAAGAGGUGACGGUGUCCAUUUAUCCAUCAUUGAAUCUCUGUUGGAAAAAAGUCUAAAACUAGCUUCAAAACCAUUUAAAAGACAGAAGUCAAAGCAAUCAGCUGCCUGGAACAGACAAAGAAUGGUUUCAUCUCUUGCCCAAACCUCGACCUUCUGGAUUUUGAAGAUUAUUGAUUCAAGAAAUUUCUCUCCGUCUGAAUUGGAGAAGAUUAUUCAAAUUUUCCGCGACGUAUUAAUGGGAUAUUUUGAAAAUAAGAAAUCUCAAAUCAAAUCUGGGUUUUUGAAAGAAAUAUUUCGAAGACGACCAUGGAUUGGACAUGCUGUAUUUGGCUUUAUUUUGGAGAGGUGUGGAAGUGCCAAGUCAGAUUUUCGACGAGUGGAGGCUCUUGAUUUGGUAAUGGAAAUAAUGAAGUCGCUGACGUCAGGCAACAGUGAUGAACAGACUGCAUCGAAAAAGAUUCUUAAAAACAAUUUGGAUAAACUUUGUCAUCUAAUGAAAGAAUUAGCAACUAAUGUGCCAAGUAAACCGGCAAGGCGGACAGAGGUACAGAAGUUUUAUGUAAAGGUUUUGGAGAUCCUGUCUAAGCUUAACCUCACCAAGCAAUAUUUUAAAGCUUUGGCACCUGAUACCGAAGCUGCCCUUCAGGCUCAACUUGGUGAGCAAUUCAUUAGUUUGAAGAAGCUGGAGAAAUAAACAUCACACUUUACAAUUGCUGCCACACGCGACAGAAGAAAAGGAAACAAUUAGAAAUAGACAGUGCUGUUCAGGAGAUACUUGAAUUCAUUCUGCUCGACUUGUAUGGUGAUGAAAACGGUGCUACUAACACCCUUGAGGUGUUAGCAGUGAGAAUUUUUGGUAUAACUUAAUUGUUUAGAUGUUAUUUUUUUUAAUUGUUCUUUUGGACAUGCUAUGGAUUUUGUAAACUAUUAUUAUCUGGUGAAAGAAUUCGUUUCAAA